AAACAGUGACUUAUUAUUAUUAUUAUUAUUAUUAUUAUUGUUGCUGUACUGUCUAUAACUACCUUAACAAACAGUGACUUAUUAUUAUUGACAGUUACCAUGGAGAUGAAAUGUCACAACUACAUGUUCAUGUGAUGCAUUAAAUCACCUGACUGUUUCUAUGUAUGUUAGUAAAUGUUUCAUUUCUCAAAGAGAUAAUGAAUACAUGAGAACAAUAAUUAGUUGUCACUGUGUUAAUCACAACCAACAUGCUGGAUCUCUGUUUAGGGGUCAGUGCUCUAAAAUGAGUCUCUCUGGGGAGAGAGAGGAGGGGGGCCCUGCCUCUAAAAUUCAUCUCUCUGAGGGACAUGACACCAAAGCUAAGAGCCCAAUCAAGCAGGAGAGACCAGCCUCCCCUGUACCCAGCUGUGUGUCCAUGAAGAGUGACCGGUCUAUGCUUCAACCUAUACUGUUUAGAGAGGGAUACUUUUCUACUGAACAAAGAAACCAACAGGAGAGAUCAGAGUCAGAGAUUCUCAGUGGUCAGUCUUCCCAGAGUCAUCAAACAGACCUGGCCUCCAUAUUCAGUUUGCUUGAAGAGAAAAUUAUGAUAUUUGUGAAGAACGAGCUGAAGAUGUUCAAGAGGAUUCUUAGUCCAGAACUCCCAGAAGGCUUUGAGAGUCAGAAGCAGGAUAAGGAAGUGGUGGAUGCUGAAGAUGAGCAGCAGGAGAGCAGUGCCAGAGAGGGGGCUCUGAAGAUCACACUGCACAUCCUGAGGAAAAUGAACCAGAAGGAGCUUGCUGACACACUGGAGAAAUAUGAGCUUGCUGUGAUUUGCCAACGUGAACUCAAAUCUAAUCUAAAGAAGAAGUUUCAAUGUGUAUUUGAGGGGAUCGCUCAACAAGGAAACCCAACACUUCUCAAUAAGAUCUACACAGAGCUCUACAUCACAGAGGGUGGAACAGGAGAGGUCAAUAAUGAACAUGAGCUGAGACAGAUUGAGACAACACCCAGGAAACAAGCAAGACCAGAGACUGCAAUCAAAUGUAACGACAUCUUCAAACCCUUAACUGGACAAGACAAACCUAUCAGAACUGUGCUGACAAAGGGAGUCGCUGGCAUUGGAAAAACAGUCUCUGUGCAGAAGUUCAUUCUGGACUGGGCUGAAGGAAAUGCAAAUCAGGAUGUCCAAUUUGUAUUUUCAUUCCCUUUUCGUGAACUGAAUUUGAUGAAAGGCGACAAACACACUUUCAUUGAACUUCUCAAUCACUUCUCAAUGGAAACCAAACUAUCAAGAAUCUCCAACUACGACAAGUACAAAGUUCUGUUCAUCUUUGAUGGUCUGGAUGAAUGCCGACUGCCCCUAGACUUCCAGAAGAACAAGAUCUGUUGGGACGUCACAGAGUCAACCUCAGUGGAUGUUCUGCUGACAAAUCUCAUCAGGGGAAAUCUGCUUCCCUCUGCUCUCCUCUGGAUCACUACCCGACCUGCAGCAGCCAAUGAGAUCCCUUCAUGGUGUGUUGAUCAGGUGACAGAGGUACGAGGGUUCAAUGACCCACAGAAGGAGGAGUACUUCAGGAAGAGAUUCAGUGAUGAGGACCUGGCCAGCAGAAUCAUCUCACACAUAAAGACAUCAAGGAGCCUCCACAUCAUGUGCCACAUUCCAGUCUUCUGUUGGAUUUCUGCAACAGUCUUUGAACACAUGCUGAAACAUAAGAGAGAAGAGAUGCCCAAGACUCUGACUGAGAUGUACACACACCUUGUGGUGUUUCAUACCAAACAGAAGAAUGAAAAGUAUCUUGGGAAAGAAGAGACAGGUCCACACUGGAAUAAAGAGAGCAUUCUGUCACUGGGAAAACUGGCUUUUCAACAGCUUGUGAAUGGCAAUCUGAUUUUCUAUGAAGAAGACCUGAAAGAGGCUGGCAUUGAUGUUAAUGAAGCCUCAGUGUACUCAGGAUUGUGCACACAGCUCUUUAAAGAGGAAUGUGGGCUGUACCAGGACAAGGUGUACUGCUUUGUUCAUCUGAGCAUUCAGGAGUUUCUGGCUGCUGUAUAUGUGUUCCUCUCAUUCAUCAACAACAAUGAGAAUCUAAUUGACAACCUGCAAACAAAAGACAAUACUGAAGUUACUGUCUACAAGAGUGCUGUGGAUAAAGCCUUACAAAGUGAGACAGGAAACCUGGACCUUUUCCUCCGCUUCCUUCUGGGCCUCUCCAUGGAGUCCAAUCAGAAGCACUUACGAGGUCUACUGACAAAGACAAGAAUCAGCUCACAGAGCCAUGAAGAAACAGUCAAGUACAUCAAGAAGAAGAUCAGGGAGAAUCUCUCUCCAGAGAGGAGCAUCAAUCUGUUCCACUGUCUGAAUGAACUGAAUGACCAUUCUCUAGUGGAGGAGAUCCAAAGCUACCUGAGAUCAGGAAGUCUCUCAAAACCCAAACUGUCACCUGCACAGUGGUCAGCUCUGGUCUUUGUGUUGCUGACUUCAGAAAAGGAGCUGGAUGUGUUUGACCUGAAGAAAUACUCCAGAUCAGAGGAAGGUCUUCUGAGGCUGCUGCCAGUGGUCAAAGCCUCCAGAGCUGCUCUACUCACUGUCUGUAAACUCACAGACACAUCCUGUAAAGAGUUGGCCUCAGUUCUCAUUUCAAACCCCUCACACCUGAGAGAGCUGGAUCUGAGUAACAAUGACCUGAAGGAUUCAGGAGAUCUGCUCUCUGCUGGACUGGGGAAUCCCCACUGUAAACUGGAGACUCUGAGGCUGUCAGGCUGUCUAGUCACAGAGGAAGGCUGUGCUUCUCUGGUCUCAGCUCUGAGGUCAAACCCCUCACACCUGAGAGAGCUGGACCUGAGCUACAAUCACCCAGGAGACUCAGGAGUCAGACUGCUCUCUGCUGGACUGGAGGAUCCACACUGCAGACUGGAGAAACUCAAUGUGGAACAUGGUGGAGAGAACAGAAUGAAACCUGGGCCUAGAAAAUAUGUCUGUGAUCUCACACUGGACCUAAACACAGUAAACAGACUCCUCUCUCUGUCUGAGGGGAACAGAAAGGUGACAUGGAGGACAGAGGAGCAGCCGUAUCCUGAUCACCCAGAGAGAUUUGAGGACUGUAGACAGGUGCUGUGUAGAGAGGGUCUGACUGGGCGCUGUUACUGGGAGGUAGAGUGGAGUGGGAGAAGGGCUGAUAUAGGAGUGACAUAUAAAGGAAUCAGCAGGAGAGGAAGGGGUAAUGACUGUUGUCUUGGAAACAAUGACAAGUCCUGGAGUCUGUUCUGCUCUGACAACAGUUACUCUGCCUGGCACAAUACUAAUCCCACUACCAUAGACGUCCCCUCCUCCAGCUCCCACAGAGUAGGAGUGUAUCUGGACUGGCCAGCCGGCACUCUGUCCUUCUAUAGAGCCUCCUCUGACACACUGACCCACCUGAUCACAUUCACCUCCACAUUCACUGAGCCCCUCUAUCCAGGGUUUAGGGUUUAUUAUGACUCCUCAGUAUCUCUGUAAAUAAUAAUAAUCCCUGAAAAA